ACGGUCGCGCACGGGAUAACCGCGACUUUCCUGCGACAACUACAAGCGCUUAGCUAACCGCCUCCAAUUCCCGCCUCUCGCCUCAGCAAGCGCGCAGGCGCAGGAACGGCUGCCUGGUCGUGAGACGCCGAGUGACGUCAGGGCAGCGGUGGGCGGUUCCUCGGAGGAGCUGUUCUCCGUCACUCCCGGAGCGGGCUGCAGUAGUCUGGAGGGAGCGUACCGGGGAGGCCGGGGCUGACCUUCCCUCCUCCUCCCUCACCUUCACGGAUACUCCGUGUCUAUACGUCCGGUGUUUGGCAGGUCCUGCCAUAGAGGUAACCCUUCUGUCAAUGUGAAAAGAGCACAUCUUCAUGUGUGUCCACCUAGUAAGAUGUAUGUCGUCAGUCAUGCCUGAGGAAUGAGAAGUCUCUUGAAGACUAAAUGUCAGCAAUGGUAAAUGAUCUUCCUGGCAUUGAAGUGUUUCACCAGAUUCCUGGAAUGAAGAUCCCUUCCACCUUCUAAAGCAACAUCCUACCAAAAAUGCUUCAUAUUCUAGGGAUGCCAACUACCUAGAUUCAUGCGCCCUAUCUGUACAGCUGUGGAUGGUUUACCAUCAGAAGGCAUCUUAAGCUCUUUUCCUGGCCCCCUUUCUGUCUUUGAAAUGUCGAUGCUUCGUGCUUUAGACCCAGUCCAGACAUGGCUGGGGCAAGAGCUGGAGAAAUGUGGUAUUGAUGCCAUGAUAUACACUAGAUAUGUCUUAAGUCUUCUGCUGCAUGACAGCUAUGACUACGACCUUCAAGAACAGGAAAAUGACAUCUUUGCGGGCUGGGAAAAGGGAGCUUGCAAGAAGUGGGGGAAAGGCAAGAAAAAGAGUUCAGAUCUUUCCAUGGAAGAAAUGAAGAAACAGGCUGCAGUUCAGUGUCUGCUUUCAGCUUCUGAUGAAAGUUCUGGAAUUGAAACUUUAGUGGAAGAGCUCUGCUCCAAACUGAAAGAUCUCCAGAGUAGCCAAGGUGAUCAGCUACCCACAAAUAAAGAAGACAAAAGUAACAAAAAAAUAGAUGGAUCGCUGUCACCGGAAGUUACUUCAUCUCCAGCCAGAAAGGAUCAGGCCGAAAUGUAUUAUGAAGCUUUUCCACCACUUUCAGAAAAGCCCAUUUGCCUGCAAGAAAUAAUGACCGUAUGGAACAAGUCAAAAAUCUGCUCUUAUUCUAGCUCCUCCUCAUCUUCCACUGCCCCACAAACAAGCACCGAAACUCCAUCACCAAAGAAUUGCCAUAGUGAAAGUGAAGCAGUAACGACCAUCAAGAGUAACAGAGCUUCUAACACUGUACAGGGAAAGAACCAACAAAGGAAAAGCAAAAAUGAGAAAGAGAACAAGUUUAGCAAUGGUGCAGUCGAUGAGAAAACAAAUAUUACAAAAACUGCGAGGCACAAGUCAAAUGGAAAGAUCCGCCCUCGAUCCUGGUCAUCUGGUUCAAGCGAAGCAGGCUCAAGUUCUAGUGGUAACCAGGAUGAAAUGAAAACAAGAUUCUUCAAAGUAAGGCAUAAAGUUAGGGAGGUCCGGAACAAAAAGGGGAAAACUGCUCCAAAAGUUCCAUCCAAGUACAGCGAGAAGAAAAAUGUGGUAGUGGGCAGCAGUGCAGGAUCUGUGAAGCCACUCUGCAAGAAAGUAAAACGGCAAGUAAAAGAAUAUGCGUAUAAAGAAAUGUAUAAUGAAGGAAACUUCUUUAAAGAGAGGAAAAAAGAAACAGAAUUCAGAGAGGAGCCAUUGUGGUAUACAGAGCCAAUAACAGAAUACUUUAUUCCUCUGAAUGGUAAAAGUAAAUUGGAGACUGCGUAUAGAAAAAAUCACAAUUGGCAUAACACAUCUGAAGACAUAGAAGAGUUGUCAGAGUUUAUAAAAGAUCUUCAUCUUAACACCCAUAAUAUCCAAGAAACAUACCUCGCAGCGGGAACCUUCAUCGAGGGGCACUUUGUAGAAAUGCCUGCAGUUGUAACCGAGACAAGAGAUCACACAGGGACCUCAAACUGUUCUCUCCUGGAGGACAAUUAUCUGGAUGAUGUUCAUCCUGUAGAACUCACGCACUUCUAUGAAGUCGAAAUUGAUCAAUCCAUGUUGGAUCCAGGUGCCUCAGAGAAAACGAAAGGUGAAAGUCGUAUCUUGAAUAUGAUUCGACAAAAAAGGAACGCAAAAAGCGAUUUCGAGGCUGAAUCUUGCAAAGAGUUAGACGAUAAGGAGUUGCAAGGGGAGAGUGCAAUAUGGACAGAAUCAACCAGUUCUAUUGGUGCUGAAGGUUUUUUCUUGCAAGAUCAUAGUAAACUAGCUCAAUUUUGGGAGUCCUGUUCACCUUCAAGCUCAGCUGAUGCAGACGGGGAGAGUUUAGGAGGGGACUCCCCGAGUACAUUCUCCCCAUUUUUCGACAGCACAAAGCUCAAUACACACAUGCACGCAGGCAAUCAAGAUUUAUUUUUUGAUGGAAAGAACUCUUAUUUUUCAGUGUUUGAAGUACAGUGCAGUAAUUCUGUAUUCUCUAUGCCCAGGGAAAGGGUGUUCAAUGAGAAGGAUAAAGCAGAGUCUUCUUCCAGCAUGAAUGGGUUUGGGAAAACUCAGUCGCGAUUACUUAUAUGGACCAAAAAUAGUGCCUUUGAAGAAAAUGAACAGUGUUCGAACCUUUCAACCAGAACAUGCAGUCCAUGGUCGCAUUCAGAUGGAACCAGAUCAGAUACAGAGGCUCUAAAUAGUCACCUUGAAGAUUAUGCUCAAUUGAACACAGAAGAUCCAAAUUAUAUUAUCCCCACAGUUACUUUAACUUUCCAAGAUGAGAUCCCCGGUAUUACAUCACAAAAUUCGUUCCUAAAGAACAGGUCUUUAGGAGAGGAGCCUAUGCUGGUAUUGGGCAAGAAAUCAAAGUUAGAGUCACUUUGCGGCAUUCAGCUAGAACAGGAAAAUGAAGAAAUAUCUGACACUACAGAGGUUAAACCUGAAAGCAGCCUUCGUAAACAUGGCUACAGCUCAAGGGUCAUCAAAGAUUUAUGGACAAAUGCAGAAGAAGAUUCGCUGUUUCCCCUCAAUGUAAAUAACUACGAUGCAGAAGAAGUAAAUUUUCAAGAGCCCAGUAAGGCUGUGCAAAGAUCCGAAUACCAUCUUUGGGAAAGUCAAAGGAACUCUGCAGAAAAGCGUGCGUUUCUCACCUGUGAGUCUUUGAAAGUUGACGGCGGAGAUUACAUGACUCCCUCGAAACCUUGGGAUAUAAACAACGUGAAAGAGAAUUCAUUCAUUCUUGGAGGAGUUUAUGGGGAAUUUGGAAGCUUUAAUGGUGAGGAUGAGUGGGCCGUGGUGCCACAAAGUCCAGCAAAACCAAGCUUGUUAGAAGGUGCCUCCUCGGAUGUUGUUACAAUAGCUGGCACUGAUGUGUUCAUGACACCAGGGAAUAGCAUUGCUCCUGGACAUCGCCAGCCAUGGAGGCCAUUUGUUUCUUUUGAAGAAAAUGAGCAGAAUGGAGAUAAAGGCUCAAGCAAGGGUUUUUCAUUUAUAUUGCAUGAGAAUCUGCUUGGUACAUGUGAUAAUUUUCAAAUGGAGGAGCCAGGCAUGGGCUACUCCUUUUCCUCUUUUGAGUUAAACAAUAGAUUCUCUCAAGUUCUUCAUGUCGAGUGCUCCUUUGAACCUGGAAAUAUUGUUAGCAGUAGUCCUAGUUUUAAACCCAAAGCUUUGUGCUCAGAUUCAGAGGGCGACAUUAGCCAUCCAAGGAUUUGUGGCGUGGACCGAACACAGUACAGAUCAAUAAGAAUUUCUCCACGCACUCACUUCCGCCCAAUCUCUGCAUCUGAGCUGUCUCCAGUUCUAUGUAGCGAGUCUGACUUUGAGUCUGAAAAAGACGAGGUAGUCGUCCCCACUCUUUCCGAAGGUGAGGUGUUUGAAGAUCCGCAGGAUGAUCUCAAACCUCUCGAAGAAGAUGCAGAGAAGGAUGGUCAUUUUUAUGGAAAGUCUGAGCUCGAAUCCGGGAAGUUUCUUCCUAGGCUACAGAAAUCUGGCAUGGAGAAAAGUGCACAGACUUCUUUGGAUGGUCAAGAAGAAUCAUUUGCCGCGUUGCCUCAGGAGAUACCGGAUCACUUAGACUUUAGGAUUAUCGAGUCAUUCGAAAGUGAUGUGACUGCGAACUCCAAAAAAAGCUGCAAAAUGUUGGAGUUAAAAAGUAAAGUGGAUGUAAAGGAAAACUUUAAUAUGGGAUGCAACCCUACAUCUGAAGAAGCUGGAGAGUUUCCUCCUCAAAGCAUAAACCUACAGGGCGUCAAUGCUGUUAAAGAAAAGCAGUGCUGGUGGCAGAAGGCCCUGUACUCUCCAUUAAUCUCUGGAUCCUGUUGUGACUCGCUCUAUACAGAUGUAAAGGAAGAAAGUUCUGUAGAUCUUACAGGUGGAAAGGAGAUUCCCUGCGCUGGUUGGCAUCCUCUCGAAAUUGAGAAAACCUCUGCAUGUAACAAAGCGAAUAUCACCAUUGGAUUCAGUGGCGGGGUGACAUCCAGUUGCUUCAGGAAGAAGAUCUAUUCAAGCAACAGUUCCAGCUCUGACACGGCUUCUGAGGGAGGACAUGAAUGGGCCGACAUAUGCAGAGAGGAACUUUUCUCUCGCACUCAGCUGUGAACUGGCGUAUUUAGCUGUAGUUCUGUGAGAUCCAGGUGUUGAUGAGAUACCUAGCCCUCAUUUGCCUGUUUCCUCUAGAGCCUGCGGCUCUAGAACUCUUUAGUUACCACUUUAGAUGUCUGUGUGCUUUUUCUUUUUUCUUUCCUUUUCUUCCUUGCAGUUUAGGUAGGGUAACAUUUUUUUUUCCCCUUAGUUCUCUGACAUACUGAUAUACUUUGCUUAGUCUAGCUAGAUUAAAUUAUGUUGUCAGAUGAAGAAUGGAUGUGCUUGUGUUUGUAGAAAUCCUGCAUCCAGUUUGCAUUACCCUCCCUUUCUACUUUAGAGCUGUAGCUAGAUUUGCCAUCUGGAAGUUGUAGAGCCUACAGCUACUUCUGCCAUUCAGAGACUUCUGGAGUCUUUGGCAAUAUUCUCUUAAAAAUCUAGGAGAUAAAUCUGUAACACUGUAAUCAGUCAGUGCCUUUCUGAAUGCAGGAGAGUAGCAUGAAUGACUUGCCCAGUCUUCAUUUGAAAACAGAAAAAAAAAAGGAAAAAAAAGUGAAUAUAUAUAAAAAUAUAUAAAAAAAAGUAUCCUAAGUAGAAGCAAUGAGAUUGUGCUUAGAGACUUAAAGAAUACUGUGUUUUCUAUCCUAUGAUAUUUUGCGCCGCCAACGGAGGAGAAAAUUAUUUCAUAUUAUUGCUAAUGGCAGUAGCCCCAGGUUAAAGGUUAAGUUUGUGUGCAUGGGAAAUAACUAAGAUGGCGCCACGGAUUCAUUUUUUAACCCUUUUUAUAUGCGAUUAUAAAAAAUAAUUCCAGACACUGACCUGCAGCCGGAUUAAAAUUCCCAUCUUAUAG